CUAAUCCACUGAUCGCGCUCUUUCACCCGGAAGUGGUCAAACGCUAAUAUGUGCCUUUACAGUCGUUAUUACCCUAAAAGCUUAACUUUUUGGACAUAAUGUGUGGUUAAAUAUUUAGAAGAAAGUAUCCCUGACGAAUGUACAAUGUCAGACCGCAAACGAAGCCGAGAGCACCACGAGGACAGACAUGAACGAAAGAAACACAAGGAGUCAAAACAAGAUGAAGACAAAUACAAACACCAAACCAAAAAACUGAUUCACGAGGUGCAGAAGCUCAAGCAUGUGGAGACAUUCUAUGAAAAUCCUCCCCCUGGGUUCAUAAAGGAAGAGGAUGACAAACCAGAAGACUGUAUUCCUGAUGCCCCUGGUAAUGAGGACGCCAGGAACUUUUUGGCUCAUGCUCCUACCAAAGGACUGUGGAUGCCUCUGGGGAAAGAGGUGAAGGUCAUGCAGUGCUGGAGAUGUAAGAGGUACGGCCACAGAACAGGAGACAAAGAGUGUCCUUUCUUUAUCAAAGGCAACCAGAAACUGGAGCAGUUCAGAGUGGCGCACGAGGAUCCAAUGUACGAUAUCAUCCGUGAAAACAAACGCAAUGAAAAAGAGACAAGGAUCCAGCAGUUGAAACAGCUGCUUCAAGACACCACCUCUGACUCUGACUCUGACUCCACCUCAUCUUCCUCUGCCUCCUCCGAUCACACCCGGAAGAAGAAGAAGAAGAAAAAGGAGAAGAGGAAGAAAGAAAAGAAGAAACACAAGAAGAAAAAGAAGAAGCACAAGGCCAAGGCUAGCGAUGACUCAGACACCGAUUGAAACAAGCCCAUUGGUCUGGGCGUCUCAGUGCUCAUAGAAUCUCAUAAGGUCUGCAGUGGUGUGUCAGCCCUAUCCAGUAUACACAGGAAGCUUCCCAUCAGUUCCCCAGGCCAUCUUCAGAUCUGCUUAAUAAUGCAUGGAUGCAUUUAAUCCCCUCUGCCGCAUGGAAUGCUUAGGAUACGUGCAUCUCGAUCAGAUUUCCUAUAGCUGGUCCUUAUCAGACUGUUAACACUUUGACUUUCUGAAUGUAUGUUGAUUAACAUUUUGAGAAUGUGUCAUUGUGAGAGCUUAUGAUACAUGCCAUCUGCUGUCGUGAACAGUGACGUCCAUAAGUGUCAUGUGAAUAAAUCAACGACUAUGGCUUUUUGGCCUUUACAACUUCUUUUUUAUGGUAAUCUGAUGUUUCUAAAGAGGUCUAGGCAUUUAUAGGUUCUUCCUAUAAAUCUCAAAUUACAUGUGUGAAUUCACGUCCUCUAUUUCCGUCGUGUUUGGGACAUCUGCAUCUGGUCGUGAUACGUAAGCGCAGCCAAUUAGCACCUUUUGAAGGGCUGACAAUGGUUUGCACAUUUACAUCACGAGAGAGGCGGAUCGAGAGGGGGGAAGAUGCAUUUGCUUUGAUCUUGUCACUCGUCGCUGAAAUCCGGAGUCCCGCGGUUGUCGUUGGAGUACAUGUACCAUUUUGUACCAAGAUAAAUAGUGCAUCACAUCAUCAAAGGAGCUCUGUAUAGUGCUGCUUCAAUUAGCGACUAUUUAAAUGUGUGACAAGAAAACGAUGAAUUGUUCGUAAAUAUUCAUUUUAAUAAUAUAAAUAUUAAAUCAGCUUAAUGCAGUCUAUGACUGACUGUCAGGGCUGUUUUUUUUCUUCUCUCAGAUGAAGUCAUUAGCUUGCUCUGAUCUUUAGAAUGUGUUUGUACUGGUAAUAAAAGCUGGAUUCUCAUA